AGUCUUCCUCGCACGAGCCCGCGAUCAACUGCUGUGUAGAAUUGUAGUUGUUAGAAUUGUAGUAUGUUAUACUCUGCGCUGUUCGCUCGUUAUUACCGCAGCGGAGAAUGCGCGCCGAGCUCUGAUGCAGCAGCAGCGCACAUAUCGUGGACACUGCUACAGAGUACAGCUAUACGCUGUGCAUGUGCAUAUAUAUACUUACGCUGCGGCGGGAUCACUUUUGCACUCGCAGCGACGCUCUGACUCUGAUUUAGUGAUCUCUGACGCUAGGGCAUGACUACUACUCGUAAGUCGUAUAUAAUGCGCGAGUAGCGUGGUGCAGCGAUGCAAAAUUCAAGCAGUUUUCGAGGCAUAACUACUCAUUGUCCCUCUUCCGUUAUCGAAGGAGACCUACUAUACCGGCAUUACCUACAUGGAAUGAUUGGAAGAACAGCUGAAAAAGAAAACAAAUUGACUUUUGAAAGUAAAACGAGUUAAAAACAAAUUGCCAAAUUUAUAGGCUCAUCGGAAAAUUCUGAAUUAACCAUAUAGAUAUAGAUUGUGCCGAAUAAAUAAUACGGAAAGUUAAAAGUUGGCUGAUGCAAAGGCACUGCACAUAAGCACAUUCAAAUCACAAAACUUUAUUCCUGUUGUAGCCCCCCCAGAUGGCAUGUGUCGCGCAAUAGUCGUCGCUACUUUGGUCAAGUUUGGUGUAUAAGUUACGUUACACUACUAUAUGACGAUUCGAAAAUGAAGAACAAAAAUAUUCGGAAUUUUCUAGCUUUUUAAACAUCGCUGCACGUGUACUCAUUACAUUUUAUUAAUGAUAAAUUUUUUAUGAGAUUACGAAAUAAUCGUGACAGUUUUCUUUCGUUAAGGUUAUAAUAUUUUUAGACCCCCUCACCUUUAUCUGCCUUUGUCUUACACACAUUAUACACUACUAUUAUUUAUCUUCAUUUCGAAAACAAUGUAUUUGUUCUUGCGAUGACAUGAUUAUGAUGACUUGAUUUCUAUUAUUGAUUCACUGCGCUUUACGAAUAAAAUGCCCAGAGUUCGAUUACUGCGUUUUAAUUUUCGGCCAACUCCGAGAAAGACUUAAUUUUCGUAACACAACCGAGUCGAGGACAAGAUUUUAAAUGCGUAGCUAAGUAUAAUACUUAUACAUAAAACCUACGACGCUCGUUGGUCGAGCAUUUUGGAGUAAUAAGAUGGAAGUAGCCAAUCGGCUGCGGGACACUGCAGUCGACGAUGCCGGUUAUCUAUGGAAAAUAUUUUUUAAAGCACAUGCUUGUUUACUCUUAAAAUCCCAUUGAAUUAACAAUGACAUAUAAUUAACUGAGGAUAUCUCUAUGAACUUGCUAAUAGUCAGUAUUUGAGAUUCAGCAAAUUUUUAUAUACUUUGUGGAAAUUGGAAAUCAAAGCUCCAAACAUAUUCAACAAUGGCAAAAGUUUUUGGAGUGAAGAUGUUUGCCAGAGUCACAUUUUAUCCAUCUCUGCUGUAUAAUGUGUUUAUGGAAAAAAUUUCCACCAGAAGAUGGUAUGACCGUAUUGAUGAAACCGUUAUUCUUGGGGCAUUGCCAUUUAGAUCUACGACGAAACAGUUAAUAUCUGAAGAAAAUGUGAAAGGUGUGGUGUCAAUGAAUGAGGACUAUGAAUUGUGGUUACUUUCAAACAAUGCUGAGGAAUGGAAAAAAUACAAUGUGCAAUUCCUCCAACUGUCAACAACAGAUAUAUUUGAAACACCAUGCCAAGAGAAACUGAAACGUGGUGUUAGUUUUAUAAAUCAGUUUAGUAAUGAAAAAUCACAAAGCCAAGAAGAAAAAUGUCCUACUGUUUAUGUACACUGUAAAGCUGGAAGAACACGAAGUGCAACACUUGUAGGAUGCUAUCUAAUGACGAAACAUGGUUGGACGCCUGAAGAAGCUGUAGAUUACAUGAGAAAUAAGCGACAACAUAUACUUAUUCAUAAAGCACAAUGGCAAGCUUUAAAAAUAUUCUACAAUGAUCAAAUAAAAUCUAAAAAGUCCUAGGUAUUAAAAAAAUUUUAUCUAAAAAUUAAUGUACAGUAAAUUGUUGAUUUAUCAAAUAUACAUUUUAUAAACAACCAUCCUAAAAAUAUUUAUUGAAUAAAAUCUAAUUACACUUGUUUUUAUAAAACAAAACUUA